UAUAAAAGAGAGCGGCGUCCCACGAUAUUUAGUGUAACGGAAACGUUUGUUUAUGUCGCAUACGCGAUUAAAAAUAUGAGGUGUUUAAAAUUAUGUUUUACGUUUCUAUUGACAGUAUUAGUGAUUCAAACAGAAUGUGGAAGAAGUGGUGGUCGAAGCAGUGGUGGUAGCAGAUCAAGUGGUGGAAGCAGAUCAAGUGGUAGUCGACCCAGCUACAGUUCGCGACCUUCACAUUCACCCUCGUAUUCUUCCCAUCCUUCUCCCAGUUAUUCACAUACACCUUCACAUCCCUCCCCAAGUCACAGCAUUUCGCAUUACCCGUCACAUCCCUCUCCAAGUCAUUACCCCUCAUAUACUCCUUCACAUCCCUCGCCGAGUCAUUACCCCUCAUAUACUCCUUCACAUCCCUCGCCGAGUCACUCAAACACUGGCAACCGACCAGGUAUCGGAUUUGAAAAUAUUCACCACCAAACCAAUUCAAAUCCUUUGGGUACGCACCAUCCCUCGGCGCCAGUAGGCCCACCGGCUCCUAAACCGGGAAUUGGAUUUGAUAAUGUGCAUCACCAAACGAAUUCGCACUCAGGAGCCCCACCUCCGUACAGCCCAGGUACCGGUGCCCAUCAAACGCAUUCUGGAGCCCCGCCAUCUUACAAACCUGGCAUUGGAUUUGAAAACAUCCAUCACCAAACAAACACUCAUGGCACCGGAAGUCACCUGCCCUCGGCACCAGUCGGCCCGCCGAUGCCAAAUCACCCUGGAUCAGUUCCCUCAGGUAAACCCCAUGACAUUGGGUUUGAAAAUGUGCACAGUAGAUUGCCCUCUCACCCACCACCACUAAAUGCGCCGGGUAGCAAUGCCAAACCGUACCCAGUCCAACCCCCGUCGGGGUACCAUCCUCAUUAUCCCUCACCUCCGGUAGUUCAGCGUCCAUAUCAACCACAAACGAUUGUACACAACAGUGGCCACGUAUAUUAUCAACCACCUAUUCAACCGCAAUACCGACCGCCAAUUGCCACGACCACAUUCGUUCACCACGUACCAGUCUAUACCCCCGUGUACUCUGCCCCGGUUUACCACUCCAGCGGUCUCGGAAGCACCACCUCUUUUCUUGGUGGAUAUCUAAUAGGACGAAUGUCGUCUCCUAGUCACAGCUACCACCAUCACCACACUUAUGAUACUAGCAGCAACAACAAUGACAACCGAGGUUCGUACAGAAACGACGAUUACUACUACAGAGAAGAGCGCCCAAAUGCCCCUCCAGUCAUUUACACCAUCCACCAUUACUACCAAAACCCUGACCAGGUGCCGAAAAAGUUCGAAAUUGUCGGCGACAAUGUGGUGCAGUGUGAUCAGAAAACCGCCGACACCUUCUGCGCCCCCAACACAAACGGACUGUGCCUGAAAAAUGGCACCGUCAUGUGUACCACGCCGCUAAGUUUCACCAGCCCAUGCAACAUGACCAACAGCAACAACAUCACGGUAAGGACCACGUGCGUCUACACCAGAAUCGAUUGCGAAGGUCGUCCACCCUGCAACUUGGCAGGGAAUCAAACUUACAUGGAUUACUACGUUCCGUGUGUUUCGAACAUUACCCUCAAUUAUCGUGUCGACUACAGUAACGGAGCAUGGCAAGAUACACCGCGUAGUUACGACCUGUGUGUUACGGCGAUGGCGGUUAAACAAACGGUUAGCUCGCCGGUGGCCGAUCUUUUCAAAUUCAUUGCUCAAUUAGGAGCGUUUCACACCAAGCUACUGAUGGAGUUCAGUAAAAAUGUCAAUGGUAGUACGGUCAUUACAUCUGCUUGAUUUGUAAAUGUAGAUUUAAGACUUUUCUUUAAAUAAACGUUAUUACAUGUUAAAUAUAGACGCAUUUAUGCAUGACAAACACGCGAUUACAAAUUUUGAGUAAACAGGCGAGAGGGCGUCUGGUUAUCUCAUUUAGAUAGCACAACAAACUGCGUAGAUCUAUUUAAAUGUGCCUCUAAGCAAAUCACUUUAUGCGUGUCUCUUAUUAGUAGCUUCAAAACUAAAACCAAUAUGCUACCUUUAAUUACAGAAGUAAUAGCUCCCAACAAACAAUUCCACAAUUUCCAUUGCAAGUAAAGCGUACUUCCCUCAAUAAAUUUGGACAAAUGAAUGGUUGUCAUGUCUUACAAAAUUUCACUAAUGAGCCGCAAAUUAGGUACGUUUACAGCUAUAAUUGCAGUAGUGGACGGUUAUCCCAAAUUGCACAAAUGGAAAACUGUCGCGGAGAAUUCGCA